GGCGGUGGCGGCGGUCGUCGCGGCGGGGCCCGGGCGCGGGGCUGCCAUGGCUGUCGCCGAGCGCCGCGCCUUCGCGCACAAGAUCAACAGGACGGUGGCCGCAGAGGUGCGGAAGCAGGUGUCGCGGGAACGCAGUGGCUCCCCGCAUUCCAGCAGGCGCAGCAGCAGCUCCCUGGGGGUCCCACUGACGGAGGUCAUUGAGCCCCUGGACUUCGAGGACGUGUUGCUGAGCUGCCCACCAGACGCCGAGCCGGGGCCCCUCAGGGACCUGGUAGAAUUUCCAGCCGAUGACUUGGAGCUGCUGCUGCAGCCGCGGGAAUGCCGGACCACGGAGCCUGGGAUCCCCGAGGAUGGAAAACUGGAUGCUCAGGUGAGGGCCGCAGUGGAGAUGUACACAGAGGACUGGGUCAUCGUCCACAGAAGGUACCAGCACCUGAGUGCAGCGUACAGCCCUGUCACCACGGAGACGCAGCGAGAGCGGCAGAAGGGCCUCACCCGCCAGGUCUUUGAGCAGGACGCGUCUGGGGAUGAGAAGUCAGGCCCUGAGGACUCGGAUGACUCCCAGCGCUGCUCGGGCUCCCCAGACGACACCCCUCGAAGCAGCGGCGCCUCUGGCAUCUUCGACCUGAGGAACCUGGCAGCUGACUCACUGCUGCCCUCGCUGCUGGAGCGGGCCGCCCCUGAGGACGUGGACCGGCGCAAUGAAGUCCUGCGGCGACAGCACCGGCCCCAGGCCCUGCUCACUCUCUACCCAGCACCUGAUGAGGAUGAGGCCGUGGAACGCUGCAGCCGCCCGGAGCCACCCCGUGAGCACUUUGGACAGAGGAUCCUGGUCAAGUGUCUGUCGCUUAAGUUCGAGAUUGAAAUUGAACCCAUCUUUGGGAUCUUGGCCCUGUACGACGUGCGGGAGAAAAAGAAGAUCUCGGAGAACUUCUACUUUGACCUGAACUCGGACUCCAUGAAGGGGCUGCUUCGGGCCCACGGCACGCACCCCGCCAUCUCUACCCUAGCCCGCUCCGCCAUCUUCUCUGUGACCUACCCCUCGCCUGACAUCUUCCUGGUCAUCAAGCUGGAGAAGGUGCUGCAGCAAGGGGACAUCAGCGAGUGCUGCGAGCCCUACAUGGUGAUGAAGGAGGCGGACACAGCCAAAAACAAAGAGAAGUUAGAGAAGCUGCGCCUGGCAGCCGAGCAGUUCUGCACCCGCCUGGGCCGCUACCGCAUGCCCUUCGCCUGGACGGCGGUGCACUUGGCCAACAUCGUGAGCAGCGCGGGGCAGCUGGACCGGGACUCAGACUCCGAGGGCGAGCGCCGGCCCACCUGGACAGACCGCCGCCGUCGGGGUCCCCAGGACCGGACGAGCAGCGGGGACGACGCCUGCAGCUUCUCUGGCUUCCGCCCGGCCACGCUAACUGUCACAAACUUCUUUAAGCAAGAAGCCGAACGGCUCAGUGACGAGGACCUGUUCAAAUUCCUGGCUGACAUGAGGCGCCCGUCGUCCCUGCUGCGGCGCCUGCGGCCUGUGACCGCCCAGCUAAAGAUCGACAUAUCGCCGGCUCCCGAAAAUCCCCACUUCUGCCUCUCCCCUGAGCUGCUGCACAUCAAGCCCUACCCAGACCCCAGGGCGCGGCCCACCAAGGAGAUGUUGGAGUUCCCUGCCCGCGAAGUCUACGCCCCCCACACCAGCUACAGGAACCUGCUCUACGUGUACCCGCACAGCCUCAACUUCAGCAGCCGCCAGGGCUCCGUGCGCAACCUCGCCGUGCGGAUACAGUACAUGGCGGGCGAGGACCCCAGUCAGGCGCUGCCGGUCAUCUUCGGCAAGUCCAGCUGCAGCGAAUUCACCCGCGAGGCCUUCACGCCCGUGGUCUACCACAACAAGUCCCCCGAGUUCUACGAGGAGUUCAAGCUGCGUCUUCCAGCCUGCGUGACCGAGAACCAUCACCUGCUGUUCACCUUCUACCACGUCAGCUGCCAGCCCCGGCCGGGCGCAGCGCUGGAGACGCCCGUGGGCUUCACCUGGGUCCCGCUGCUUCAGCACGGCCGCCUGAGGACCGGCCCCUUCUGCCUCCCGGUGUCCGUGGACCAGCCGCCCCCCAGCUACUCCGUGCUCACACCGGAUGUGGCACUGCCGGGCAUGCGCUGGGUGGACGGGCACAAGGGCGUGUUCAGCGUGGAGCUCACUGCAGCGUCCUCUGUGCACCCCCAGGACCUGCACCUGGAUAAGUUCUUCACACUGGUGCACGUCCUGGAGGAGGGGGCCUUCCCGUUCCGGCUCAAGGACACCGUGCUGAGCGAGGGCACUGUGGAACAGGAGCUGAGGGCCAGCCUCGCGUCCCUGCGCCUGGCCAGCCCCGAGCCCCUUGUGGCCUUCUCCCACCACGUUCUGGACAAGCUCGUGCGUCUGGUCGUGCGGCCUCCAAUCAUCAGUGGCCAGAUUGUGAACCUGGGCCGUGGGGCCUUUGAAGCGAUGGCCCAUGUAGUCAGCCUUGUCCACCGGAGCCUGGAGACUGCCCAGGACGCGCGUGGUCACUGCCUACAGCUGGCGGCCUAUGUCCACUACGCCUUUCGCCUGCCUGGCACUGAGCCCAGCCUCCCAGGUGGGGCUCCUCCAGUGACAGUGCAGGCUGCCACCCUGGCCCGUGGCUCCGGUCGCCCUGCAAGCCUCUACCUGGCCCGUUCCAAGAGCAUCAGCAGCAGCAACCCUGACCUAGCCGUGGCCCCCGGCUCCUUGGAUGAUGAGGUUUCCCGUAUCCUGGCCAGCAAGGGCAUCGAUCGCUCACACUCCUGGGUGAAUUCCGCUUACGCUCCGGGAGGCAGCAAGGCUGUGCUGCGGCGGGCGCCCCCUUAUUGCGGGGCCGACCCCAGACAGGCCACCGACCGCAGCUCUGGCCGAGCCUCCUCCUACCUCGAGGGCUCCUCCUCGGCCCCGCCAGCCACCCAGCCGAGACCCACUAUGCAGAAGCUGCUCCACGAGGAGCUGGCACUGCAGUGGGUGGUCAGCAGCAGUGCUGUGCGUGAGGCAGUCCUCCAGCAUGCCUGGUUCUUCUUCCAGCUCAUGGUGAAGAGUAUGGCGCUGCACCUGCUUCUUGGCCAGCGGCUGGACACGCCCCGCAAGCUGCGCUUCCCUGGGCGCUUCUUGGAUGACAUUGCAGCCUUGGUAGGCUCUGUGGGCCUAGAGGUCACCACCCGUGUCCACAAGGACAUGGAGCUGGCCGAGCGCCUCAAUGCCAGCCUGGCCUUCUUCCUCAGCGACCUGCUGUCCCUGGCUGACCGUGGCUUCGUCUUCAGCCUGGUCCGGGCCCACUACAAGCAGGUGGCCACGCGGCUCCAGUCGUCCCCCAACCCGGCCGCCCUCCUGACUCUGCGCAUGGACUUCACCCGCAUCCUGUGCAGCCACGAGCACUACGUGACCCUCAACCUCCCCUGCUGCCCGCUGUCGCCCCCGGCCUCGCCUUCCCCCUCCGUAUCCUCCACCACCUCCCAGAGCUCCACCUUCUCCAGCCAGGCCCCGGACCCCAAGGUGACCAGCAUGUUCGAGCUGAGCGGGCCCUUCCGGCAGCAGCACUUCCUGGCAGGGCUCCUGCUGACGGAGCUGGCGCUGGCCCUCGAUCCCGAAGCCGAGGGGGCAUCCGUGUUGCACAAGAAGGCCAUCAGUGCCGUGCACAGCCUGCUCUGCAGUCACGACACUGACUCCCGCUACGCCGAGGCCACCGUGAAGGCUCGUGUGGCUGAGCUGUACCUGCCACUGCUGUCACUUGCACGGGACACGCUGCCACGGCUGCAUGACUUUGCUGAGGGCCCAGGUCAGCGGUCAAGACUGGCCUCGAUGCUUGACUCAGACCUAGACGGCGAAGGGGACUUUGGAGGUACCAUCAACCCCUCGGUGGCCAUGGCCAUCGCUGGUGGCCCCCUGGCCCCCGGCUCCCGGGCCAGCAUCUCCCAGGGGCCCCCAACGGCUUCUCGCUCGGGCUGUCCCCUCUCUGCUGAGUCGAGUCGGACCCUGCUGGCGUGUGUGCUGUGGGUUCUGAAGAACGCAGAGCCAGCCCUCUUGCAGCGCUGGGCCGCUGACCUGGCCCUCCCGCAGCUGGGACGUCUCUUGGACUUGCUGUACCUCUGCCUGGCGGCCUUCGAGUACAAGGGGAAAAAGGCCUUUGAGCGCAUCAACAGCCUCACGUUCAAAAAGUCACUGGAUAUGAAGGCGCGGCUCGAGGAAGCCAUCCUGGGCACCAUCGGGGCCCGACAAGAAAUGGUUCGACGGAGUCGUGAGCGGAGCCCGUUUGGGCACCAGGAGAACGUCCGCUGGCGGAAGAGCAUCACACACUGGAGACAGACCUCAGACCGCGUAGACAAGACCAAGGAUGAAGUAGAACAUGAGGCUUUGGUGGAGGGGAACCUGGCAACUGAGGCGAGCCUGGUGGUUCUAGACACACUGGAGAUCAUCGUGCAGACGGUAAUGCUGUCAGAGGCCCGGGAGAGCGUCUUGGGUGCGGUGCUAAAGGUCGUGUUGUACAGUCUGGGCAGUGCCCAGAGUGCCCUCUUCCUGCAGCAUGGCCUGGCUACCCAGCGGGCCCUGGUGUCCAAGUUCCCAGAGCUACUGUUCGAGGAGGACACGGAGCUGUGCGCCGACCUGUGCCUGAGGCUCCUGCGACACUGUGGCAGCCGCAUCAGCACCAUCCGCACGCACGCCAGCGCCUCGCUCUACCUGCUCAUGCGCCAGAACUUCGAGAUUGGCCACAACUUCGCCCGAGUGAAGAUGCAGGUGACCAUGUCACUUUCGUCCCUGGUGGGGACGACGCAGAACUUCAGCGAAGAGCACCUGCGCCGUUCUCUCAAAACCAUCCUCACCUACGCCGAGGAGGACGUGGGCCUGCGGGACAGCACCUUCGCCGAGCAGGUCCAGGACCUGAUGUUCAACCUGCACAUGAUCCUGACCGACACGGUGAAGAUGAAGGAGCACCAGGAGGACCCCGAGAUGCUCAUUGACCUCAUGUACAGGAUCGCCCGGGGCUACCAGGGCUCCCCGGACCUGCGGCUGACGUGGCUGCAGAACAUGGCGGGGAAGCACGCGGAGCUGGGCAACCACGCGGAGGCCGCCCAGUGCAUGGUGCACGCCGCCGCCCUGGUGGCCGAGUACCUGGCCCUGCUCGAGGACCGCCGCCACCUGCCGGUGGGCUGCGUUUCCUUCCAGAACAUCUCGUCCAACGUGCUGGAGGAGUCUGCCAUCUCCGAUGACAUCCUGUCACCCGACGAGGAGGGCUUCUGCUCCGGGAAGCACUUCACGGAGCUGGGGCUGGUGGGGUUGCUGGAACAGGCGGCCGCCUACUUCACCAUGGGCGGGCUCUACGAGGCGGUGAAUGAGGUCUAUAAGAACCUUAUCCCCAUCCUGGAAGCCCACCGGGAUUACAAGAAGCUGGCCGCAGUGCACGGCAAACUGCAGGAAGCCUUCACCAAGAUCAUGCACCAGAGCUCUGGCUGGGAGCGCAUGUUCGGGACCUAUUUCCGCGUGGGCUUCUACGGCGCCCGCUUUGGCGACCUGGACGAGCAGGAGUUCGUGUACAAAGAGCCCUCGAUCACGAAGCUGGCAGAGAUCUCACACCGGCUAGAGGAGUUCUACACGGAGAGGUUCGGGGACGACGUCGUGGAGAUUAUCAAAGACUCUAACCCCGUGGACAAGUCCAAGCUCGACCCCCAAAAGGCCUACAUCCAGAUCACAUACGUCGAACCGUACUUUGACACGUACGAGCUCAAGGACCGGGUGACCUACUUCGACCGCAACUACGGGCUGCGCACCUUCCUGUUCUGCACGCCCUUCACGCCCGACGGCCGCGCGCACGGGGAGCUGCACGAGCAGCACAAGCGCAAGACGCUGCUCAGCACCAACCACGCCUUCCCCUACAUCAAGACGCGCAUCCGCGUGUGCCACCGGGAGGAGACAGUGUUGACGCCUGUUGAAGUGGCCAUCGAGGACAUGCAGAAGAAGACACGGGAGCUGGCCUUUGCCACCGAGCAGGACCCGCCAGACGCCAAGAUGUUGCAGAUGGUGUUGCAGGGCUCCGUGGGGCCCACCGUGAACCAGGGUCCCCUGGAGGUGGCCCAGGUGUUUCUGGCAGAGAUCCCAGAAGACCCCAAACUCUUCCGGCAUCACAACAAACUGCGGCUGUGCUUCAAGGACUUCUGCAAGAGGUGUGAAGACGCGCUACGGAAGAACAAGGCCCUGAUCGGGCCGGACCAGAAGGAGUACCACCGCGAGCUGGAGCGCAACUACUGCCGCCUGCGAGAGGCCCUGCAGCCCCUGCUCACCCAGCGCCUGCCCCAGCUGCUGGCGCCAACCCCAGCCAGCCUCAGGAACUCUCUGAACAGAGCAAGUUUCCGGAAGGCAGACCUCUGAGCCGGCAGGGCCUGAAGCCACACCCCGGGGACCAGCACCCAGGCCUCAGCUGCCUGUGCCUUGCUGGGACUCUCCCCCACUGCCCACUCGGCGGUGGGAUGACCACACUGUACUCGGGGCUGGGCCCUCUGUCCCUCUGUCUGUUCCGGUCUGUGUGCACUGACACUCCCCCUACCUUUGUUAAUUUAAAAUGGUUUUUAUAAGCAA